AUGGUUGGAGGUGGGGUAUGUCCCCAGCAAGAGUCAGCCCAGAUUAUCUAUCCUGUGCCUGCUCCACUUGCACCCCCGUCGAGGUACCGCCUUUUCAGGGGAAGUGAGCGCCAACUUGUAGAACGUUCUGUGGUCACUUUGCAGGCCAGUGGUUUCUAUUGGGGACCCCUACCUACAAAAGAGGCUCAUGCUAUGUUAGAGCGUGAGCAGAUUGGUACAUUUUUGGUUCGGGACAGCUCACAGGGCAACCAUCUCUUUAGCGUCAGCAUCAAAAUGGAGUCUGGUCCAGUCAGUGUUCGGGUUCUAUUUUUGAAGGGCUUUUUCUGGCUAAGGGAGCUCUGUUCAGACUGCCCAGUUAAGCUUCUGGAGCUAGCUGUAGAGAAAUGCCAACAAACGCCUCUUAGGUGCCAAAAUGGCAUCCAGUUAACUCUGUCUCGGCCAUUGCGCAGGACUCGAAUCCUUAGCUUGCAGCAGAUGUGCCGUCGGAGCAUAAUUACUCACCAUGGAAGAGAGGGACUGCCUGCACUCCGCAUUCAGCCAGCACUGAGGAGAUUUAUUGAGGAUUUUCCAUUUAAGAUCUGA